GCUCCUGCAAGAAAGUGAGCACGGAGCUCCUCGUUAGCAAGCCUCCCCUGCAGGUGUGACUACUUAACAUCAUCUGCUGCAGGUUGCCUGGUGGCUCUGAAACAAGGGUUAGAUCGCCGUGCUCGUCAAAAAAAAAAAAGAAGAAAAAAAGAAAAAGUAAAUGCCUCAGCUUGGUGACAUGUGAAUUUGACCUGCCUUUUGUGGCUCAUUUCUUUCCCUUUGCAGCGCCAUGCUGUCGGAAUACACCCUCCAAAUGUUGUUUGUCAAACAAGAUGCCGCGAGCUCCUACGACUUAAGGCGGCGUAUUCGAUGCCCGAAGAAAUACGGCGAAUCGACGAAGGAAAGGCGUUACAUGCUGGCACCCAGUCGUUUGGACGCGUCGCAUGAGCAGAAGGAAGCGGAUUGUGCGGAGAGGCGGCUGGACGACCGGUACGUAAGGAAUGCGGCGAUUGUUCCGGACCUCCGCGUGACGCCCGGUGACAAAGCAGGGAGCUACUCAGACGUCGUGUCGGCGAGUCGACCUUUGAUGAUCCACGGCUUUACGGUGGCAGAGUAUCGGCAGAUGUAUCAUUCGGUGGUGGAUCCCCUGCUGCUGAGUCCUGGCGGGAAGCUGCGGGCCUACAACCUGGAGCUGGGCCGCGCUAUUAAGGAGCAUCUGUUCAUGGAGCUGGCCUACCCCACCAUUCAGAUGUGUGAGCAGUCGUCUGGACAAGUGGAGGUGGCGGAGAGGUUUUGUCUGCUGCGUCCUACACCCUGCAUAGACCUGGACUGUAAUGGAUACUUGCCACAUUAAAGUCAGCUUUUUAAUUUG